AUGAGCUCUACUUUCGAGGGUCAUACGUCUUCUUAUGACUUAGACACGUACUCUCAAAGUGAUGUUCACAAAAGAGAUGCACGUAUAAACAAUGCUGAGAUCGAAUCCCAGGAGAAAAGUACUGACAUCGUUGAUUCCAGGGAUGGUGAGGUUCAUUUGAGGAAGAAUUUUUCAUUAUGGUCCAUCCUUGGAGUGGGAUUCGGCUUGACCAACUCCUGGUUCGGUAUAUCUGUGUCGAUGGUCACUGGUAUAUCGUCUGGUGGUCCAAUGAUGAUUGUUUACGGUAUCAUUAUUGUUGCCUUGAUUUCUGUGUGUGUCGGUGUAUCAUUGGGUGAACUGUCGUCUGCAUACCCACAUGCUGGCGGUCAGUUUUGGUGGUCAUUGAAGUUAGCACCACCAAAGCAUAAGAGAUUUGCAGCGUACCUGUGUGGGUCUUUUGCUUAUGCAGGCUCAGUUUUCACAAGUGCUUCCACAACUCUAUCUGUUGCUACGGAGUUAGUUGGAAUGUAUGCUUUAACUCAUCCAGAUUUUACACCAAGAAGAUGGCAUGUAUUCGUUUGUUUUGAGCUUUUACAUCUUUUCUUGAUGUUUUUCAAUUGUUAUGGUAAAUCGCUGCCCCUCAUUUCUUCCUCUUCCUUAUACAUUUCAUUGUUUUCUUUUUUCACCAUCACAGUCACUGUGUUAGCUUGUUCAAGUGGUAAAUUUAAUGACGCUAAGUUUGUUUUUGCAACAUUUUAUAACGAGACAGGUUGGAAAUCGAGUGGUAUCGCUUUUAUUGUAGGUUUAAUUAAUCCUGCUUGGUCUUUCUCAUGCUUAGAUUGCGCAACACACAUGGCAUUUGAGGUCGAAAAACCGGAAAGGGUGAUUCCAACUGCAAUCAUGGGUACCGUUGCUAUUGGUUUCAUUACGUCAUUUUGUUAUGUUAUUGCAAUGUUCUUUUCUAUCAGAGAUUUAGAUGCAGUUAUGAGCUCAAAUACGGGUGCUCCGAUUCUAGCGAUUUAUGAUCAAGCGUUGAAUUCGAAGGCCGGAGCCAUUGUAUUGGGAUGUUUGGUGCUUUUCACAUCUUUUGGUUGUGUCAUCGCCUGUCACACAUGGCAAGCAAGACUUUGUUGGUCAUUUUCAAGAGAUAAAGGUUUACCUCUUUCUCGUUUAUGGUCUCAAAUCAGUCCUCAGGCUGGUGUUCCCUUAAAUGCUCAUUUGAUGUCGUGUGCAUGGAUUUCUUUGAUCGGCUUACUAUAUUUGGCAUCAACAACUGCCUUCAAUUCUUUGAUUACUGGAUGUAUUGCAUUCCUCCUGUUAUCCUACUCCAUCCCCGUUAUAUGUCUUUUGAUGAAAAAGCGUCAAAUCAAUCACGGUCCAUUCUGGUUGGGCUGGUUCGGUUACCUUUCAAAUUUUGUUCUAUUAGGUUGGUCAGUCUUUUGUAUUGUAUUCUUUUCCUUUCCUGCAGUUCUACCAGCUGAGAAAGAUAACAUGAAUUAUGUGGCCGUUGUCAUUGUUGGCUACACUGCCUAUGCACUGCUCUAUUGGAGAUUUAAGGGCCGUAAAGAAUUCACAGCUGUAAUAGAAGAAGAAGAGGAGACUCUUCAUAAUACUAUAGAUCCUUACGAAGUUAGUAGUAUCAAUCAAGGGUUGGAAAAAUCCGGAGAAACGCAAACCCAGUAA